AUGAGGGGUGGUAGUAUACUAUGUAAGAAUCUACCCAGGGUUCCAACGACGAAAUAUUUGGAUAAGAGUAAAUUAAAGAUUGAUAUAUUGUAUAAUGGGUACAGACCAGUGCUAUAUCCUAUGAAAGAGAAUCCAUUACUGUAUCGACAGAAUGGUGAGUUGGCUAAUGAACAAUUUACAGACAUACAACAACGGGAUUGGAAUUUUAGAAUCAAAAAUUCAAAAGUUCAAUUGAAGUAG